CCGGUUGUCGGCGCGACCGUUACCGCGUUCAGUCGUCGCGCUGCCCUUGCGGCGCCCGAGCCCACAAUGUCGGGCCCCAACGGGGACCUGGGCAUGCCGGUGGAGGCGGGCCCGGAAGGCGAGGACGACGGCUUCGGGGAAGCAGAAUACGCUGCUAUCAACUCCAUGUUGGACCAGAUCAACUCCUGUCUGGACCACCUGGAGGAGAAGAAUGACCACCUUCACGCCCGCCUCCAGGAGCUGCUUGAAUCCAACCGGCAGACGCGCCUUGAGUUCCAGCAGCAGCUCGGGGAGGCCCCCAGCGAUGCCAGCCCCUAG